GAAUUGGUGACGCUGUCUGGCUCAUUAAUGGACAGUUACGGAAAGUGCGAAAAGCGAGAAGAAAUUUUCUCUCGUUUACUUCCGAAAUACCAGACUCAGUAUGUUUUACCAGCUCAGGAACACGCGAGGACUUUGCAGGCCACUGGACAACGUCUGGCAAAUCAAUUCAACGCAACGAAAGAGUUUUCCUUGAACGCGAUGAUUGCUGCAGAGGUGUACAAUGAUAUCGUGCUGAAAAUCACCAAGGCUGAAGAAGCUGCGAAAGCUGCCAAAAAGGCUGCCGACGUUGCUCAUCAGAGAGUGUUUUCAGACCCGGACCAGAGUCCAGUGAAAAUGGCCUCGAAGUCAUUGCAAAUCUCUCAGCAGCUUCUUCAGGAAGCCAGACAGCUUGUCAACAGACUGGACCAGCUCAAG